AUGAGUCUUUCAGAGUUUGGGAAUUUUAAAUAUUAAAUUAUAAACGCUACUAUUUAUCACUUACAUUUAAAUCUUAAGUAGCCAUAUUUUUAUUACCUUUACAAUGUUAUUUUUAUUGCUCUUUUAAUUAAAUGCUGCUGUUCAGUAUUUAUUAUUAAUUAUUUUUAGCAAUUUAGAGCACACUAGAACUUAAAUUAUUAUACAUAUUUUAAUUUUUAAGAUAAGGUUUGUAAUUAGCUAUUUGUGUUUCUGGCUAGUAAGGAUCAAAGCUACUCUCGGUGUUGUAUUCAGAAUUUAGUUGCUACGUUCUAGUUUUUAAUUUUUUAGAUUUGUUAAUUUAGUCAAAGUCAAUUGACUUUUUUAUAUAAAGUUGUUUAUGCUACUAGUCUUCAUUCAUAUCUUGACUCUUAUCUUUAUUUUAAUUAGUCAAAGGAAAUAAUUUUACCCAACUUUAUUUAUGUUAAGUAAGGGUAAAAUUUUUAUCGUCAUAAUAAUCAUCCUUUAUAGCAGUUUCUUAUGUUGUUAUUUUUUAUACAGAAUUUAGAGAUGAGAGCCUUUUAUUACCUCCUUUUAAGGGUGUUACAAUAUCUUAAAUUUUGUGUCCAAUAAAACCUUCAUCUAGCUUUGAAUUGA